AUUUUUUGUUGGGAAAUUCACACCGUCGUCGUCGUGAGUGGACUACGAUUUAAAAUUUACGAAGAAGAGGAAGAUUAAUUAAGACUGAAAAAUAAAUUACUAAAUUAAAUAAAAAUGCCCACCCUGCAAGACACGACCUGCUGCACUUUAUCCUGCCCAAACCCGGCGAAGUUGCAGUGCCCAACCUGUUUGAAACAGGGGCUGGAGGAGGGCUCCUUCUUUUGCUCUCAGGACUGUUUCCGCACCUCCUGGCCCGUUCACAAGUCGGCUCACAAGAAAACCGGGGCGAAAACGGUGGAAAAUGGCAGCGGAAGAAGCAACAUCCUCGGCGUGUACGACCCCUUUGAGAACCACUCUGUUUUUAAAUAUAGUGGGGGUUUGAGGGCGGCGUAUCCUUUGGGGGUAAAACGCGCCGUGCCCCCCUCGAUCCCCCGCCCUGACUACGGCCUGGAAACCUCAGAUGGGAAACCCUUAUCCGAAAUGGCCAUCCGUGGCAGCUCAAACAUCCGCGUGUUGACGGAUGAGGAAAUCGAGGGGAUGCGAGUGGCGGGGAGGCUCUCCCGCCAAGUCCUGGACGCCGCCGCCCUGGCCGUGACCCCCUCCACCACAACGGACACGAUCGACGCCAUAGUUCACGAGACCUGCCUGGAUCUCGAGUGUUAUCCUUCUCCAUUGAAUUACUAUGGGUUCCCAAAGUCGUGUUGCACCUCGGUGAAUGAGGUGAUUUGCCAUGGGAUCCCGGAUCAGAGGAAGUUACAAGAGGGGGACAUUUGCAAUGUGGAUGUGACGGUCUACCACCGCGGCUUCCACGGUGACUUAAACGAGACUCUGUUCGUGGGGGAGAGGGUGGGGGAGGAGGCCAGGAAGUUGGUAACAACGACCUAUGAAUGCCUCCAGAAAUCCAUAACAGCGUGCAAACCCGGAACGAAAUACCGCGACAUAGGAAACAUUAUCCAAAAACACGCUCAGUCCAUGGGUUUCUCUGUGGUGAGGUCCUAUUGCGGGCACGGGAUUCACCAGUUGUUCCACUGCGCGCCGUCGGUUCCGCACUAUGCCAAGAACAAAGCGAUCGGAGUGAUGAAGCCCGGCCACAGUUUCACGAUCGAGCCCAUGAUAAACGCCGGGAGUUGGCGAGACGAGCAGUGGCCGGAUGACUGGACGGCCGUCACGGUGGAUGGGAAACUGAGUGCGCAGUUUGAAGAGACUUUGGUCGUGACGGAGACGGGGGUGGAGGUGGUCACUGGGAGAGCGAGUGGAAGGCCGUAUUUCAUGGGAUAAAUUAUUAUUUUUUGGAUAAAAUAAAACAAUUUCUAAUAAAAACACGCGUAGCAAAA